AUAUUAAAACCAUAAAAAAAGUUGUGCUAAAUCCCAAUUAAGCUAUGUUAAUUUGUGCAAAUAUCACGCACAUAGUCAGUUUAAUUCGCUGAUAACACCCGACAAUGACUUCUUCCAAAAGUAGCAACAGUAUUAGUAAAACCGACGGCGAAAAAUGGCCACAAAUUCUCGUUGUUUUCAUUGCAAGCAUUGCUGUUUUCGCUACGGGUCUUCAUGUCGGAUGGUCAGCGCCCUCUUUACCUCAACUCUUCUCCGACGACUACCCUUUUGACGUCUCAGCAGAGGAAGGUUCCUAUAUAACCAUCAUUAGAAAUUUGGGCGCCUUCUUCGGGAGUUUCAUCGGAAACUUUAUCCUGGACAAAAUCGGACGUCGGAUUUGCACCAUCCUCAUAGCAGUACCUCAAAUAGUUUCUUUUCUGGCAAUUAUAUUGUCGUACCAAAUCAUGGAACUCUUGUAUGUGGGUCGAUUUAUAGGAGGACUAGCAGAAGGAAUGGUUAAUACCGUCAUAAUAAUCUACGUGGCUGAAAUAGCACAACCUUCCAUCAGAGGAAUUCUGGGUGUGAUGACCGGAGUCGCGUGGUACUUUGGCACACUAUUCGCAAACAUCAUCGGGUCGUACCUAUCCAUACGGACGACCGCUGGAAUUUGCAUCGCAUUUCCGGUACUCUUCAUUGUAUUGUUUUGGAGGAUGCCCGAAAGCCCGUACUACCUCCUCAUGAAGAAAAAAGACGAAGACGCCGAACGCAUUUUGAAAUUUUUACUAAGAAAACCAGACGUGAACGAAGAACUAAUCAGGCUACAAGCAGACGUCGUUCGCCAGAUGUCAGAAACUGGUACUUUUAGAGAUAUCUUCACUAUCGACUCAAACAGAAGAGCUUUCUACGUAACGGUAGGUGCCAGAUUCUUCCAGCUAACCACCGGAGUUGCCGCGAUGAACUUCUACAUCCAGAUUCUCCUAAAAGAGGCCACUCAAAGUAUAGCACCACACGUAGAUGCUUCCAUCAUCCUUCUAAUCCAACUCGGGAUGACGGUUUUAAAUGCCUUCGUUGUGGAUAGGUGGGGUCGCAAACCUCUUCUUCUCUUCUCUACUAUAGGUUGCUUUGUCAAUUUGGUGCUCCAAAUGAUUUUCUUCAUACUUAAAGAACACACUAGUGUUGAUACUUCGGUUGUUGAUUGGUUUCCGUUGGUGAUGAUGAUGGUACUGAUUGCUGUGUAUUCGAUAGGUUUGGGAUCAGUCGUCAGUGUUUUGACAAGUGAGAUGUUUUCAGCUAGUAUAAAAGCGAAAUUGAUUUGUAUGGUGAACGGGUCGUUCUCUUUGUUGACUUUGGCGGUUACGAAGUACUACCAAGCGACGGCUGAUGGGUUUGGAUUGACCGUACCUUUUUCCAGUUUUGUGGUGUUAACUUUUGUCGAAAUGUUGUUCUUUUAUUAUCUUGUGCCUGAGACUAAAGGGAAGACAUUGGAGCAGAUUCAGCAGAAGCUAAAAGGGGAUCGAAAAGAGAAGAAUACUUUUUAUUUAUCACAGAAAUAAAUACUGAUAAAAAUGGCCUAUAGUAUUUAGAUAGUACUACCCUCACCGUCUAAAGCAUGAUCAUAAAGAUUAAGUACCAAACCAUAAUUAAAGAGGUACACCAUUCUACAAAUUAAUAUUCUGCAAUCACUAAACCUGAGUUAGUUAGUGUUUUAUUAAAAAUUUAUUACAACAGUUCAUUUAUGAAUUUAACAUGAAUUUAUGUAUUCUGCAAUGAGCUUGUUUAGAACAUUAAAAAAUUGGUUUAUUGAGUUUAGACAGUACUUCCCUGAUGACUGCAUGCCUAUUAUGUUUUUUUCGCAUUACAUUUUUGCAGCGGGGCAUUUUAAAAUAAAUUGAGUAUUAAUUUUCUCAAUUUUGUAAUUUUUUUCUGUGAUUGCUAUGAUUGCUUAUUUAAAAAAAAUAAAUUGGACGAAGUCGUAUCUGAAGUGUAUAAUAUGUUGCCUAUGCAAAAAUUGUCAGGCGUGAACAAAUAAAAUGAACACCCUGUAUAGUGCUUGUAAUUUAAGACAAAUAGCCGUAGACGUGACGGUGAAACACAAACUAAACCAAAACAUGUUUUCUACGAAUUGAAAUAACCGGAUGACAAUGCCGACGGUCUAGACUUAUUUAUUGCUCUAACUUCCGUUUAUUGAAUAAAACACUACAUUUUAUUUGGUUUUUGGAUGCUGUAAUUCACAUUUAGUUGAUUAUAACUUGUCUAGAUCUAGGGGAGCAUCAAGUAUCUAUG